UUGUCCUCAUUGUGCUGAAGUGGGUUUCUGCACAUGAGGGUGUGCCAGUUGUUGCAUGGACAUAUUGGGAUUUUAAAUUAUGUUAAAGGUCGAAGAGUGAGUCUAUCUGAGGUGCAGCAGGACAGCAGGCCUCCUAGUGCAGGUGCAGUGGAGGUGGAAGAACAAGAGGAGGACUACAUCCCUCUCGUGCCUCUUGCACCUGAUGCUUCACUCCCAGAGGAGCAGCCCACUGCAUCUACUGAUGUCUCUGCUUGUUCUGCUUUCCAGUACUUAGAUGAGUUGUUGUCGUCCAGUGAAAUCAGCCACACCAAAGUGUCCAAACUCAAAUCCAGCUACAGACUCCUCCAUGAUAAUCUGAAGAGCAGCCAGGACUCUGAGCUCCGGCUUUUGGGGGAGGUAAAGAGGCGUCGUGCUGCGCUGGAGAGUCUGCAGGCCGAGUUAGAGCGCACAGAGGAGCAGAGCACCUCUGAGCAGCCCGAAAGUGAGGUCAAUGAACUGAGGCAGCAGCUCCUCCAGGCAUACAAUGAACUGAGAGCCGCGGAGGACAGAGAGUACAAGACGCAGCACAAACUGGAAUGUCUCCGGGAAGAGAAACAAUAUCUGGAGAGGGAGAAUGAGAUUCAGCCCAAACCUGCGGAGCUGGAGAGCAGAACAAAAGCCCUGCAGGACAAAUAUGAGGAUCUGAAGAGAGAAGUUGCCGAGAGACAACUGGAAGUCAGAAGUCUGAUGGAAGAUGUGGAAACCCAUGAAAUGCAGAUAUUGAAAGAACAGAAAGAGCUGGAAGACAAGAUGGAGAUCCUAGAGCUCAAAGAGGCUGAGAAAGUGCGGCUCAUUAGCGUACCUGACCAGAUUUUCAAAGAGGUUGAAAGGAAACAUUCUAAAAGGGAAGCUGCGAUGAAGAAGAUAGAAGCACUAAAUACAGAGAUCUCAGGUAUGGAGCAGCAUGUGAAGCAGGUGGAGCAGCGGAACAACUCACUGAGAAAGAAGAAAAAGGAGCUGAAUGAGGAGCUGGAGGGUCUGCAGGCCAAAGUAGAGGCCAGUCAGAGGGAGGGCAGACGGCUGCUGAAGGAGCAGGAGAUGAAACGGGAGGAGGGGGCCGAGUUAACGGGAAACAGAGGAAUCCUGGAAAUGAAGCUGCAGAAUGUGAUGUGUGACAGAAAGCACCUGUAUGAGAACCAAUCUGUGCUGCUCGGGGAGAAAAACAGGCAGAUGCAAGCCCUAAAGAGAAUGGAGCAUGCGUUGAUCACGGCCACAGAGCAGCUAGAACACACACGCUCCAUCUACAGUGAGCUACAGGCCCAGUUUGAUGCUGUUCCCAAAAGAGAGGCCGGCGCUCAGCAGCGGAUGGAGCUGCAGAAAGAGGUGGAUGCUCUCAGAGUCAGUUUUGAAAAACAGCUAUCAGGAGCAGAGGAGGAGAGCAGGAAUGAGCAGCAGCACGGGGUGAUUCAGGAGCUGCUGAGGGAGUCCAACUGCCUGCGAGAAGAACUCCACAGCCUCCGAUGUUUGACACAGAUCAAAGCAGAGGAGAGGGGCCAGAAGCACCGUGAACGGCUUAGAGCUGAGCAGCUGAACCAGCAUAUCCAGCAGGAGCUGCAAGAAAAAGCCUUAAUCAUCACGGACCACAACAAGCUGAAUACUAUGCUGCAGCGCAGGCUAUCACAGUACUGUAAACUGUGCCACAUGAUCAUGGCUGAGAAGAACAAGUACGUCAAGCUGAAGGAGAUCGCCUCCCAGACGAUCACAGAGCUAGCGGAGCAGGAUAAGGUGCUGGAAAAUGAGAAGGAAAUCCAACGUACCAUUGCCAUCAACAAGGACAGAUCACUCACAAAAACUCAUAUGAAGAUUUCUAAUAUCUCCAAAAUGAGGGAUAAACUGCGUAAUGACAUCUCCAAGGCUGCCUGGAAGCAACAACAGAUCAGUGAGGAGUUUGAGGACAACAAACUGGAAUCAAUGAGACUCACAAAAAUGAUAAACAUGCAGGAGCAAGCACUUCUGGAUAUGAACAGGAGUCAUGAAACAGCCAUACAGCGCCGCAAUUCUCUUGGCAUUCAGCUGCUGGAGCACGAGGAGGUUUUAUUCCGCUACUAUGAAAAGGUGAACAUCCAGGAGGCCGCCAUUACUAAGAGCAACAUGGAGCUGGACAUCCUGGAGAAGGAGAUCGAGGACUUACAGUUGGCCAUACACGAGAAGAAGAGAGAGAUAGAGCUGAAGAAGAAGGAGGUGCCCUUAAAGAAAAAAUUGGAGGAAGAGAUCACCGAGCUGCAAAUUGAGGUGUCAGAAGCCAGGGAUAAGACUCUCCAAGGUCUGAAUCGAACAGUUGAAUACAAAGAGCUGAAAGGCAAAGACCCUUCACCCGUCGAACUCGUCAAGAAGAUCGAACAGCUGGAGGUGAAUCUAGCAGAGAGGGAGAGGCAGGUGCUGGAAAAAGAACUCCUGGUGGACCAGGUGACCCGGCUCUCGAAGCCGCUCAGCGAGCAGGCGGAGAACUGCCAACAGGACAGACUCUCACUGGCAAAAAAGCUGAACGAGCUCCGAGCUCAAAUAAUCGACACAAACCACCGCAUGAUGGCCGUUUCUGCACAACUUUCCAUGAACCAAGCUGUUGCUCUGGCUCUGCAGCAGGAGAUCAAAGAGAGAGAGCUCCAGAUGGACAGGUGCCAGCAGCAGCUGGAGCAGGGCCUGCCACCGUGCCCCGAGAUAUCGGAGGAGUGGAGGAGGAUGCUCCGAGACAAGAAGAGAAGACAGAGGGACAAAGAGGAGAGAGAGAGGCUGGCUGAAGAGGAUGAGUGGACUCAGUUGCCUAAUGGAAAGUACACCACAGCUGAAACCCGUCCCAACGCUUACAUCCCCCAGACAGACAAACUCUUGCUGCCAAAACCGUAUGGAGCCCAGGCCCCCUUCAAACCCUCCCAACCAGGUGCCAACAUGAGACACAUCCGCAAACCAACGCUCAAACCCUUGGAGAGCUAGAACGCAGCACAAAUGUAUUCACACAAUGUGAGUCUUGGUUUGGUUUUUCAUUCAGAAACAUUUCCAACAAACAAAAUGAGUAUCCAGUGCGUUUCACUUAUUCUGCUUAUUUCUAUCUUUUUAUUUUUUAUGGACUAACUUUCCAGCAUACGACUGCUGUUUGUGCCAUUUGGGAACAAACUUGCAGACUGCAUCUGUUUGUGAAUUUGUUUCCUUUUUUUUUUACUUACUGGCAACAUCUUGUUUACACUCUUGCUUGCUGUAACACCAAAUACUGUAGAAGAGUGGAAGGCAAGAAAGAGAGCACAAGGGAGAUCAAAAUAUGUGUUUAUUAUUACAUCAUGCACACGACGUGUUGUCUUAGAUUCAUCCCUGCUCUUAGCAACAUAUCAGUCUCUACUUCAUACAUUAGACACUAUAACUUUGUUUCUUUCAGACACUGCAAUAUUUCAACAUCUCUGUCAGCCCUGUUGCUGUUUCAUCCCCCACACUUGUAAUCUUUCAGCUGGUUUAAGCUCCAAGCUAGGCUAAGAGUGCCAGCAUAAUGCCUGAGAUGAUAAAUGUAAACAGAGAGGGAAGAUUGGGAAAUAAAAGAGAGCAAGAGGAUGACAAGAGAGAGGAGAAUGUAAAUGAGGAGGAACAAGAGAUGGCAAUCUGAGAAGGGAAAGAAGAUAAGAGUGGAGCUGUAAACGGGGUGGAAAGUUCACAGUCGGUUACUAAUGAUCGUGUUUUGCAAUUUGUAAGCUUGUUUUCGUUGUGAGGAGACUUAGACGGAGUACUCCAGUGGCUUCACAAUCCUUCUGCAGUUGCUCGUAAUCUCAAUUUGAGAAACUUAAAAUAAAUCAUACUUUAGUCAAAAAGUAUGUCAGUGUCUUUAAAAGGAAUCUACUGAACUACAUUGAGAGAUCAAAUAUCCACCAAAAGUAAGAGUUAGAGCACCGGAUAAGUGGUAAAAACGGUUUAGCUAAAAGUAAUAUAUAACCGCUGAAAAAGUAUGAUUAAAUAUUUAAAAACUGUUGAAAUAUUUAGCUAACAGUAAAGGAUGACAGCUCUAAAGAUGUAGCUACAAGUAUUAGGUAAACUGUGAAACCAAGUAGCUUACAGUGAUGGAUAAAUAUUUGGAGUUAGUCACUAACAUUAGACGAAGGUUUUUCCAACAAGCAUCGUGUGAGCCAACUUUUCUAAAGGUUAAAGGAGGCAGCAGGUUUUCCCAUUCUUGAGACCGCACCCUGCUAACCUCCAGUAUGAUGGUCAGCCCUGUUAGAUAAACUCUGCCCCCGACUGUUCGAAGGUAUUAUCCGCCUACAUAACACUGUCUGACUGCAUAACAGGGUAUCAAGGGGGCAAUCAACGAGCAAUUUCUUCACGUUUUGCAAGAGAAAUUCCCCAGAACAGAAAUGAUCUCAGACAUCUGUAGUGAGGUGGACAAGUUGAAAAUAAAACAGGUUGUGUAAUUUGACAUGUAUGCUUCUAAAACAAGCAUGAUGUCCUUUUUUGCUAAAUGUGACUCAGCGUGUUCGAUGACUGAUGCUGAGAUGAGUUCCUGAUUUCAGAGGAGCUCCGCUGAGUCCGUCCAAAACACUCAGGUGCUGUCAGGAAUGUGAGCGAGCACUUCCUCCUCUGAUGAGCUCCUCUAGCUCCAGACUAUUUCUCUGCAAGUCGAGAUCAUUUCUUUAUUUAUUUCAGGGCUCCACAGUAAGAAACCGGCUCUCGCUUUUUUUCAGGAUUUUAAUAAAAUAUAACGGAACAAAGGAAGCUGAAGCCGAACUGUUGCUCCACAGCUUCUCUGUGGAACAUGUUCUACUAAAGUAUGGCAGUAAAAGAGAACUACAGUACACUUGUAGCAAAAAUCUCUUUAUUUACAAUCCAUCAUACAAAACUGUCUUAGUGUAAACAUCACUGAUUAUGAAAUCCCUUUUUUUCUGUUUUUAAAAGUUUAAACAUGAGGCACGUAAAUAAUCUCGCCGAGUGUCAACAUUCAGACAUUGUCUAAAGAGAAAUACACUACCCACGCUUACAUCAUCACUACUACCAAAGAAUUUCCUUCACUUACGGUAAGACUUCACUCAUAAUUGAAGGCACACUGAUACAUUAUUCAAACCAGGUGUUCCAGUAUCUGAGCAGGCAGGCUGAGUCUAUUAUUUUUGUCUUAUGUAUUCAGUUUGUAUAUCACCUUAUCUUUAACCCUUUACUGUCUCACUUUGUUUAGUGUUUUCAAAGCAUCUUAUUGGCUGAUUUUGAUUUCUGCAACAUGAAUAAAGUUCCUAUAAAGUCA